UUUGAUUUCCCAAUUAUAGAGAACCCACGCUUCAGAAAAGCUGCUCCGGACUUUCUCUCUCUAGAUGUUAAUGGCGAAUCCAAACUCUUGUGCAUAGGCAUCCGUGGACGCUUGCAGUCUGGUGUAUAUCAACCGACUUCAACUGCCGGGUUGAUUUGAUCUGGAGGUUUUGCGUGAUUCGUGUGCGCCAAGUGAUUGAUUGGGAAUAGGAUUUGUGUAUUUUUGGUGCGUGUUUUUUUCUGGAGCACAACAUUGUUGUUAUUGAGAAUUUGCGGUUGAUUAAUUUGGUUACUGGGUGGCAGUAGGUUUUUGGAAUAAGGAGGUUUUUGGAGUAUAAAUUCGGAUGUGUAAGCACAGGAUCGGAUCCUUUUGUGGUAAGUUUCCGAUAGUUGGAAACUUAGGCAUAUGAUGUAACAGACAAGUUACUGAGAUUUUUUUCCAGUUUGCGGAUGCUCAACAAUUGUCAUUAUUUGACGCAAGUGGACCUGGUUUGGCUUCUGGAUCAUAUUAUAUGCGAGAGAUUAUAUAUGAUGAUCCGCUAUGGUUUUCAGAAUUGUUGGAGAUUAUUGUUGAAACAAUAGCAUUAAGUAAGUGGGUGGUUUCUGUGCUUUACCUGAAGAGGAUCAAAGAAAUUGAUCAUGAGAAGCUCUUGGUACAAGAAGUUGCUAUUGGUCCUCGGCCCUAGACCGCCAUUCAAUUGGUUGCUUUUGUGUCUGGUUAGUGUCUUAGUUUUGGUAGUACUUUGGGGAUCUUCAACUUCAUUUGAUUCUGUGUCUGCUUCUGUGAGACAUGAUAUUCACUCAAACUAUAGAAGGUUGAACAAUCAGGCAGUACUUGAUUAUUUAGAGUUGAAAAAAUUAGGAUCCAACCUUUUAAGGAAUUAUGAUUUUUGUGGGAAGGAAAGAGAGAAUUAUGUUCCUUGCUACAAUGUUUCUGCCAAUCUUCUAGCUGGUUUUAAAGAUGGUGAAGAGUUCGAUCGUCAUUGUGAGCUAUCGCAAGAUCAGGAGUAUUGCUUGGUUCGCCCCCCUAAGGAUUAUAAAAUUCCUCUGACCUGGCCCAGUGGUAGGGAUGUUGUGUGGAGUGGAAAUGUGAAGCUGAGCAAAGACCAAUUUCUUUCAUCUGGAAGCAUGACUAAAAGGCUCAUGUUGCUCGAAGAAAAUCAAAUUUCCUUUCGUUCAGAUGAUGAUAUUGUUGAUGGCGUCAAAGACUAUUCUCACCAGAUUUCUGAUAUGAUAGGAUUGGGAAGUGAUGUUGAAUUUCAUGAAGCUGGUGUUCGCAAUGUAUUGGAUAUCGGCUGCGGGUUUGGUAGCUUUGGUGCUCACCUACUUUCGCUUAAGCUGAUGGCUAUUUGUAUGGCAGCAUAUGAACCGAUUGGUAGCCAAGUUCAGCUAGCUCUUGAGAGAGGUCUUCCAGCCGUUAUUGGCAACUUCAUAGCAAGACAAUUACCAUUUCCUGCCUUAUCCUAUGAUAUGGUUCACUGCACUAAAUGCGGUAUUUUUUGGGACGACAAAGAUGGGAUGUUACUUAUUGAAGUUGACAGAGUACUCAAGCCUGGAGGGUACUUUGUAUUAACCUCAGGAAGCUAUAGACAGAUAAGAAACAAACGAAACAAAGGCACUGUUCUGGUCCCGUUGGAGGAAUACACCCAAAAGCUUUGUUGGAAUCUUGUGGCUCAUCAAGACGAGACUUUCAUAUGGCAGAAAACUACAGAUGCUCACUGUUACAUUUCAAGCAAGCAGAGUAGUUUCCCCCUUUGUGAUGGAGAGGACAGCAUGUCAUACUAUAAGCCCCUUGUUCAGUGUAUAAGUGGGACUGCCAGCAAGCGUUGGAUCCCCGUUCAGAACAAGUCUUCUAUUUAUUUCAGUCCUACAGAAAUUGCAAUCUAUGGAAUUAAUCCAGAUGAUUUCUCUGAAGACAUGGAAUUCUGGAGAUCUGCUUUAAGAAAUUAUUGGUCAUUGCUUUCUCCCUUGAUUUUCUCAGACCAUCCAAAGAGACCCGGCGAUGAAGAUCCAAUGCCCCCAUACAAUAUGGUUCGAAAUGUGAUGGACAUGAAUGCUCGUUAUGGAGGUUUAAAUACUGCUCUAAUGGAAGGUAGAAAGUCUGUGUGGGUGAUGAAUGUUGUGCCUGUAGGCGUGCAUAAUUCCCUUCCUGUCAUUCUUGAUCAAGGCUUCGCAGGAGUCUUACAUGACUGGUGUGAACCUUUUCCCACAUAUCCCCGGACAUACGACAUGCUUCAUGCCAAGGGACUUCUAUCUCAUCUCGAUUCGCAGAAAUGCAGCAUGGUUGACUUAAUCUUUGAGAUGGACCGUAUUCUCCGUCCAGAGGGAUGGGUUAUUAUUUCUGACAAGAUCGAUCACAUAGAGACAGCACGAAGUCUCGUCACUCAACUUCGCUGGGAAGCCCGGGUGAUCGACCCGCAAAAUGGCAGUGACCAGCGCUUGCUAGUGUGCCAAAAGCCAUUUUUGAGAAAAUGAUAAAAAACGCUGCAGCAGUUAAGGAAAAGCUCUCUCUCUCUCUCUCUCUCUCUCUCACUCAUUUCCUUUCCACUCUUCUUUUCAUUCAUCGAAAACGUAAUCUCUCUUUAUACACUGUAUAAAUUCGAUUCUUGCCUAUCUCAUAUAUCUCAGAGUUUCUAUAAUAAUAAUAAUCACGCUGGCCAGAAAAAGCGUGUCUGCUUGAAAAUUCAAGUGGUAUUAACGCUUUUUGUGGAGGAACAACAAAUUAUGGGGACAAAAAAAACAGAGCAGUUCCUUGUGAGGUGGAAUCAAAGUUUUGGAGGGGUGUAGAUUAGCAUCUUUUAUGUUUAGAGUCGCGUUUUUGGGAAGGCACGACUUUUCCACAGUUUGUAGGAGAUAUUCGUUAUCCUUUAAUUUUUUAUUUUUAUUUUUAUUUUUUAACCAUCGAAAUAUGUUUCGGGUUUUAUGUCAUAUUUGUUUAUUGAUGAUUCUUGUAACUGAACUUGGUUUGUAUUGAAGAUCUGUUGCUUUCAUCUCAUUGCUGCAAUUGUAAGGAAAUGGUGUUUUCUCCA